UGAUGAUGAUGAUGAUGAUGAUGAUGAUGAUGUUGACUUGUUGGUGGAUGUUGAUGUUUUUCGUCGACGAUUUGCCUGGCCCAGGGUAAUGAUGAUGGAUGAAUUUGAUGCGGUUUCGUUGUCGUGAGAUGUGUUAUUCUUUUUGCAUCGAUGCCGCCUCGGUCGUGAAUGUAACAGAAAAUGACAAGAAAACAAGAACGCGAACGAAAAAAAUGCAAGAAAACAAAAACUUGGUCGUUUCCGGAUAUCCUCGUCGUUCCUAUUUCCGUAUGCCCUCAUAUCGUGUCUGUGUUGUGUUCCAUCCUGUCCUAUUCUGUGCCGUAAUGAAAAGCAAAAGGGGAAACCAGAACAGUCGAGAGAGGAGGAAAAAAGAAAAGAGACAAGCGGGAGUUGGGCAGGCAGGCAGACAUUCGCCACUCUCUUCUCUUCCCUCCUCUCUCUCUCUUUCUCGCGUUCUGCUUUCUCUCCUCUCUCGUCCCCUCUCCUCUCGCACCCUGAUCCUGACCGAAUGUUCAGAAUUGCUUUUUUCUCCCUCACCUGGGUUCGCGGCUACUGCUUCCAACAGAGGAGGAAGCUAGCCUACAACACGCAAGACGCUCCGCGCUGCCGCACCACCACCACCAGUGACCACUGACACGCACACCCAGCAGGCAGGACACCGAAAAGACAGUGAGAGGGAAAAAGAAAGAAUGGUGGUAGUGAAGAGCACCAACGAGUCUCGAACCCUGCAGGUGUCAAAGACGGGCACUGUACUCUUCGAGUCCGAGGAAGAGACGGG